UAUAAGCUUAAUAGCAGAAUUUACGCGCAUAUUUUGUGGAAGGUAAAAAAUUAAUAUUUAGAAUUGAUAUAAAAUCUAAUUAUAAGAAGUGAAAAAAAAUUUAAAGAAAAAUAGAAUCCUUUUUAUAAAGUAAUCAAUUAGAUUAAAAUAUUUAAGGAUAAUUAAUAGAAUAUGAGUAGUGAAUAAUCUAAUUUAGCGAACACAUAGACAAGCUUAAAAGUUAUAGAUAAUCACUCUGAACUAAAGCAAUUAAAAAAUAGUAAUUAGAGCUUAAAUUCUGUUAAAAAUCAGAAUAGUUAAGUUCAUUUACAGCAAGAUAUAGAAAAGAAAUCCCAUGUAGAAGGAACUUCUAAUGGUGAUAAAAAGCUUUUUAGUGAUAUCUAGAAUUAAAGUAGCAAUAAUAGCAUUGAAAGAGGGGGCGAGAAACAUCAUCACCAAAAUUCUAGUUAGAAUUAGUUAAAGCAUUAGCAUCAUAUAAAUUAUAUGAGAAACGAAUAUGACUAUUAUUUUGGUAAUAAUAGUUACAUUUCUUUUUGCAAAAAUCACUCUACAAAAGAAGCUACUAAAAUAUGUUUGCAUGCUGGUUGCGCACUUACUCGUGAAAUAUGUGAUUAUUGUGAAAAAUAGUAACCACAUGCCAGUCAUCCUCAAUCAAUAGUUGAUGCUAAGAAAUUUUUUGUAGAUGUUGAAUUAGGACUCAAAUAAUUUAGAAUGAAUUCUCCUUUGAUGAAUGCUUCUGAAAUGCUUGAAUAAGCGCGAUAAUUUAUUUUACGCCACUUUUAGAGUAUGAAGAAUAUGCUUGUUGAGAAGUCUCAUAAAUUAGUGACAAUGUUAGCUUUAAUAGAAUAAACUGAAAGUGCGAAAAGAACUCCAAUGAAAACUUAUGAGUUGGAAAGAUUCAUUAGAGAUGUAAUGGACAUAUUUUAAAUUCACAAAUCUGGUAAACUAGAAUCUCAUUAUUCUCUACAAUUGCUUGACUAAGAUAUAAUCAAAGAAGAAAUAAGUAGUGUUUUAUUUAUGAUUAGAGACUUAGAGAAUGUAGUAAGAGAUUUGCAUGAUGAUUUUGCUAAGGCAUUGAAAUUUGGAGACUAUGGCUACUAUGCUGGAUUAGAAAGGCAUUCAAACCAUGGAGGAAAACAUUAAAUUCAAAAUUAAGAAAGCAAAUAAAACAAUAAUUAUAGCAACUAGGCAUUCAAUUAAAGCAACCAUGGGCAUCAUGAAGGAAGAGAACAUUCUAAAUCUGUUUCAGACCAUGCCAGCAAAUCUUAAAAUUUUAAUGCUUUCUAAGGAAAUGCUUCUGUAUUUGGAUAAGCUGCUAUUAACCAACCAAGUAGCUACCCUCAUAACUACGAUAAUCUUUAAUAUAGUAAAAAUAAUUAUAGUCAAUUGGGUUAAAAAGACAAUUCAGCAAUAAAGACCUAAGGAAAUUAGAAAGUAUGGGGAUAAUAGCAAUUUCAUCCUAGUUCUUAUAAUAUUUAAGCAGAUAUUGAAAAUAUAGAAGGUUCAAGCAACCAUAAUCAAAAAAAGAAUACUACUAACUAGGUUACAACUAUAGGAUCAGCUAACUUAAUUCCAUAGACUGAAUUUAAUGCUGAUGUCCUUAUGGACCCAGCAUUUUUAAAGCGUCCUAGAGGCCGUCCUAAAGGUAGUAAAUGCAAAAGAAAAGGAAAAUACAAAGGAAAAUAUACCGAUGAAGAAAAAUUAUAAAUUUUAUCAGAAGUAGGAAAAAGUAAAAGUGUCUAAGUUAUUGCAGAAAAAUACAGCAUUUAGAAUUCGUUGAUACGCUAUUGGGCAAGAUAACUUAAAUAUGAAUUAGAUCCUUAAACAGUUUCCUCUAGAAGACCUUAUCGUACAUUCUCUAGAGAGAAAAAAAAAGUAAUUGUAAAUGAGGCUAUAAAAAGAAGAGAUAUUGUUACGGUUGCUUAAGAAUAUGAUGUAAAUGCUUAAGUUUUAAAAAGAUGGAUUUUAAAGAGUGCUCAAGGUAUUCUUUAGUCUUAAGAAAUGAGAUAAAUGAUGAACGCUGUUCCUAAUAUUGCUGGUGAUGAAGAAGAUGAUAAUAGUGGAGAUGAUUCUGAUCUGCACUCAGAUGAAGAAGAUGAUGAUAGCGAUGAUGAUGAAGAAGACGAUGAUGACGAAGAUGAAGAUGAAAUGGCUGAUGAGUAAAACUAAAAUAGGGACGAACAAUUUUUUGGAAGAUAAAAUAACAGAAUAUAAGAUAAUGAUUCCUCUAACAAUUAAUUUAAACAUGGAAAGAAAACAAACUCUCCUUCAUAAAAACCAAUUAAAAAAUAAAUGGAACCUCAUGAAAACAAUACUAAUAAUAAUAGUAACAGCUUUAAUAAUUUAUACAGUCAAAAUGAAGCUAAGCAAAAGGAUGAAGUACUCAUUGAAGAUAUUGAGGUUAAAUACGAAGAGAAUAAUACUUAAGAACUAAAAAAUAGGUAGGAUUAAUAAAUAAAUUAAUCAAACAUGCAGUCAUAAAACUAACAAAAAGAGAAGGAUGUAAGAAAAAGAAGAAAAUAGGAAGAAGAUGAAAGUGAAGAAGAUGACAGUGAAGAGGAAGACGAAAGUGAUGAAGAAGAAGGUGAUUAUUCAUCAUCAGCUAAUGCUCCCUCUAAAAAAUUAAAAACAGAAGCAAGCAAAGGCGAAAAUAAUAAAUAAAAUAUAUCUCCUAACUAGUAAAAUGGUUAAAGCAAUAAAAAUAGAAGCAAUAUGAAUAUAAUUGAUGCCAAUAUAAAUGAUAUUUUAAAUUCAGAUAUUUUGAAAACAGUAGGCUUAAAAAACCUAGAUCUUUCAAUGGAUACUUAGGCACAGUCUGAAUAAUUACUUUUGAUGCAAAAGAAAAUUGAAGAAGAAUUAUUAAAAAUGAAAUAAUAAUAAAUGGAGGCUAAGCUUAAAAAAGAAAAAUCUGAUUAAAAAAAAUAACUUAACAUAAUUCACUAAAAACAAAACUAGCAAAAUUAACAAUAACCACAAUAAAUUUCAAAAUGA